AUGUCCAAAGAAGAUAUCAUAGAUAAUACUGCCAACCUAGAUUUGUCAUCUUCUGAUACAGACUCAGAUUCAGAUAAUGAAACUAAUAAUAAUGAAAAUGGUAAUGUUCAACCUAAGACUUUAAUUGAUAGAGCAGAGAUUGUUAAGAAAUAUGCUGAUAAGAUUAAAACAGAUCCUAUAAAGAAAGGUCCUAAAGUGACUAAGGAUAGAGCCAAUAGAGCUACUGUUGAACAAGUACUUGAUCCUAGAACUAUGGCCUUUUUAGCUAAAAUCUUCAACAAAAAUAUUAUUUCUAGAAUUAAUGGAUGUAUAAGUACAGGUAAGGAAGCUAAUGUAUAUCAUGGAGAUCAUGAAGAUCCUGAAAUUACCACUCGAGAAUAUGCCGUCAAGAUUUAUAAAACAUCGAUUUUAGUAUUCAAAGAUAGAGAAAGAUAUGUUGAUGGAGAAUUCAGAUUUAGAAAUUCAAAGAAUCAAAGUAAUCCUAGAAAAAUGGUUAAAGUAUGGGCAGAAAAGGAAUUUAGAAAUUUAAAGAGACUAUAUACCAAUGGAAUCCCAUGUCCUGAACCAAUAGAAUUAAGAUCACAUGUGUUAGUAAUGGAAUAUUUAACCAAGGGAAAAGGUCAACCAUCGCCAAAAUUAAGAGAUCAUCCAUUUAAAGAUGUAGAUGAAAUCGUUCAUUAUUAUCAACAAAUGUUAUUUUAUAUGAGAAGAAUGUAUCAAGAUUGUAAAUUAGUCCAUGCUGAUUUAAGUGAAUAUAAUUCAAUUGUUCAUAAAGAUAAAUUAUAUAUCAUUGAUGUAUCUCAAUCAGUUGAACCUGAUCAUCCUAUGGCCCUUGAUUUCUUAAGAAUGGAUAUUAAAAACGUUAAUGAUUUCUUCUCCAGAAAGAAGAUUAAUGUAUAUCCAGAGAGAUUAUUAUUCAAAUAUAUUAUAGAUGAAGGUGAAUUAUUAGGGCUUAAGGAUAAUAGUGAUGAAGAAUUAGGAGCUUAUUUAGAAAAAUUACCUUUAAAGACUGAAAAUGAUGAUGAAGUUGAAGAUGAAAUCUUCAGAUCAAUUCAUUUAGUUAGAUCAUUGAAUAAUUUAGAAGAAAGAGAUUUUGAAAAGUUUUCCGAAGGUAAAGUUGAUACAUUAAAACAAUUAGUCGAUGAUAAAGGUGAGAAUGAUGAUGAUGUCGACAAUGACAGUGAAAGUGAAGAUGACGAUGAAGAUGAAGAUAGCGAUGAGGACGACGAUGAUGACGACGAUAGUGAAGAAACUGACGACGAUAAAGAAUGGGUUGAAAAGGAAGAUGGUAUUCCAAGAGGUAAGAAGUUUGAAGAUAAAGAUGAAAAGAAAGCUAGAAAGGAGGCUGCAAAAUUAGCCAAGCAAGAGAAGAGGAAAACCAAAAUGAAAAAACAUAUCAAGAAGAAAAUCGUCAGUAAGAGAAAAACAGGAAAGUAA